AUGGCGCAAGGUAUGCUUUCAGGUCAUGUGUUUCAGGUUGCAGCAAUGUACCGUGUCAGUAAGUCAUGGAGACAAUCUCCUAUUUACCUGCUCAUCUUGAUCUUCUCGCUCACCUCGUUGCUCAGCAUAUCCUUGGCUCUACCCCUCACAGCUGCUCCACUCUUCAAGGACACACCUUUUGCAGCCAUAUGGAAUGCACCUACUAAAGUGUGCAAAGAACACAAAAUCGCUUUGGACUUUUCUGCAUUCCAGGCAGUGACCACACCAGCCAACAUCCCUGAUCAGUUACUUGUCCUCUUCUAUUACAAUCGGCUUGGGCUGUACCCUUACGUAGACACCUCCACCGGGAAGCAAUAUAAUGGAGGUAUUCCCCAGAAUGGGAACCUGAUGGCCAGCCUUGAAAAAGCCCUGCAUGACAUAAACUACUACAUUCCUGAGUUUACCCUUGGCUUGGCUGUAAUUGAUUGGGAGUCUUGGCGUCCACUGUGGGCAAGAGACUGGGACUCCUUAGACAUCUAUCGGAGUCUGUCCAUUCAGUAUGCUAAAGAGAAAGACCCAUCACUGUCCUCUAAUAAGGCUGUUGAUGUUGCCAAGGAACAGUUUCAAAAAGCAGCCCGUGCUUACAUGGAACUGACAGUGCAGCUGGGAAAUAACAUACGGCCAAAGUACCUCUGGGGCUACUAUUUGUAUCCAGAUUGCUACAACUAUGGCUGGGAUAAACCAGGGUACACGGGAGAAUGCCCACAGCGUGAACAAAUUCUUAAUAAUGAGCUCCUUUGGCUUUGGGAAUCCAGUACAGCUUUGUACCCCUCUGCAUACUUGUCAAUCGGCCAGAAGGGAAAGACCAGCACGACUCUUUUUGUCAGAGGUCGGGUGAAGGAAGCUGUGAGGGUGUCUGCUCUCCCAAGGAAAAACUACACUGACCCCAUUUACACCUACCUCCGCCCUGUGUUCCAUGAUCAGAACAAUGUCUACCUGGGCGAGGUGGAUCUAGUGAGCACUAUUGGGGAGAGUGCAGCUUUAGGCGCAUCAGGGGCUAUACUCUGGGGAGCAAGUGCUGACUUUGACACCAAGGCCUCAUGUGAAGCAUUGGCUGCUUACUUGCCCUCUACCCUUAACCCAUAUGUAGCCAACGUAACUGCAGCAGCAAAGCUCUGCAGUGAUACUCUGUGCCAGAGUAAUGGGCGCUGUGUCCGCAAGAACCCCAACUCGAACGUCUACCUUCACCUGAACCCAGAUCACUUCAAUAUUCAGGAGCAUGAUGGGAAAUACCUAGCUAUUGGUGUGCCUUCUCUAGAUGACCUUAAUGUCUUUGUAGAUGGGUUUACCUGUCAGUGCUAUGAGGGUUAUAAAUGCUCUACCAGCAUAUCCAUUUCUGUUCCCCAAACUCAAAUAGUUAUUCAAGUGUAA